AUGCCUCGCUCCUUCCUGGUCAAGAAGUCCUUCCCCAGCAGGAAGCCCCUCUACAGGGAGAGCCUCCUGCAGAGCCAAGCCGCUUUUGUCCCAGAAUGCUUUGCACAAGCGGAGCUCCCGACGCAGAACGGCAGCUUGGCCCUGAGGUGCCACCCCGCCGACCCGUUCUUCACGGACACCUUGCCCGCGCCGCUCUCCCCGAUCACGCCCGCCUCCCCGUCGCCGCUCGGCCCUCUGGAUCUCAGCAGCUCUCCGUCCAGCACCAGCAGCGAGGAGGAGGAGGAGGAGGAGGAGGAGGAGGAUGGGGGGCGCACCUCAGACCCCCCCAGCCCGGACGCCAUCCAGCACCUCUACCGCUGUCUGCACUGCAGCAACAGCUACACCAGCCUCUCGGCGCUGUCCCACCACCAGGCGUCCCACCACCAGGCGUCCCACCACCAGUCGCCCCCCCCCGCCGAGGUCUGCGCCCGUCCGGCCUUCCACUGCAAACACUGCCCCAAGGAGUACAGCAGCCUGGGCGCCCUGAAGAUGCACAUCCGCUCUCACACGCUGCCCUGCGUGUGCACCACCUGCGGCAAGGCCUUCUCCAGGCCGUGGCUGCUCCGAGGACACAUCCGCACGCACACAGGCGAGCGCCCCUUCGCGUGCCAACACUGUAACCGGGCCUUCGCCGACCGCUCCAACCUGCGCGCCCACCUGCAGACCCACUCGGAGGUGAAGAAGUACCAGUGUGGCUCCUGCUCGCGCACCUUCAGCCGCAUGUCCCUGCUGCACAAGCACGGCGCCUCCGGGUGCCGUGCCGCCUCGUAG